AUGAGUGAAAAUAAUGAGGGUAAUAUCAAAAAUGGAGAUGAUGAUAAAAUGAUGCCACCACCUCCGUCUAAUUUCUUAAUGCCACCACCUCCUUCAACACUAAUCAAAAAAUCACCCAAUAAACAACCACAACAACCACAACAACCACAACCAAAAGUUGAACUAAUUUAUAAAGAACCAGAAUGGAGCAAAUCAAACCCUGACAUUGAAUAUAAAUUUGAAGUUAUAAAGAGUGGUACAAUUAUAGAACAUAUUAAUUUAAACAAGAAACCAUUUUAUUUAAUUGGUAGAUUACCAAUAUGUGACAUACAAUUAGAGCAUGCAACAAUUAGUAGACAACAUGCAAUUAUACAACAUAGAGACGGAGGGAAAUUAUAUUUGUAUGAUUUAAAUAGCACACAUGGUUCAAUGAUAAAUAAACAAAAAUGUAAACCAAAUAUUCAUAUACCUAUUAAAGUUGGUGAUGUAAUAAAAUUUGGUGAAUCAACAAGAUUAUUUGUAUUGGAUGGACCAAAUUUAAAUUUAAAUUAUAAUGACGAUGAUAAUAUUAAUAAUGAUGAAAAAGAAAAAGAAAAAAUUAAAGAAAAAGAGAGAGCCAAAGAAAAAGCAGCAUUUUUAUCACUUUUCACUUCAAACAACUCUUCUUCAAAUUCUGAUAAUAAACCUCUUAUAAAUAGAGAUGUUUGGUUAAAAGAUGACCAUGAUGAAGAAAUUAGAAAUCACUAUAAAGAACAAGAUGAUGAUAAUAAAGACCUAGAAAAUAAUAAUAAUAAUAAAAAUAAUAAAAAAAGGAAUCAAAAUAAAAAUGAUGAUGAUGAUGAUUAUGAUGAAGAUGAUUUAGAUAAUAGUAAUAAUAAAAGAAAAAAGAAAAGUCAAGAAGAUGAUGAUGAUGAUGAUGAUGAAGAUAAUCAAUUUUAUGAUAGAACGAAUCAAUCAAAAGAUAAAUUACAAAAACAACAACAAUUAAAAUUAAAUGAUCAAUCAAUAACAGAACUAAUUGAAAAAAGAAAACAAUUUGAAAUUGAGAAACUUUCACUUCAAAAACAAUUUAAACAAUCAACAUUAUUAAAUAAAAAUAAUAAUAAUGAUAAUGAUGAAGAAGAUGAACUCGAUAAAUUUAUGAAUGAAAAUGAACAAGAAUUAAAGAAAAAUACACAACAAAAGAUAAUGAAUUCUUUAAUAACAAUUGAAGAUCAAAUUAAAAAAUUAGAAUCAAUUUUAUUCUUAAAACCAGAUUAUAAGAAAUAUUCUCAAUCUUUACAAUCUUCAUUAAAAUCAAUUCAAUUAAAUGAUGGUAUUGAUAAAUCAAUUGAAAAUAAAACAACUGUCAUCACUACCACAACACCAGCACCAACAACCACUUUAACUAAUUCAACUAUUAAAUCGACUGAAAAUAAAUUAAUGUUUAAUGAUGAUACUGAAAAUAAAAUUCAAGAAAAUAAUAAUAAUAAAAAUAAUAAUCCAAAUAACAAUAAUCCAAAUAAUAAUAAUAAUAAUAAUAAUAAUAAUAAUAAAAAUAAUAACAAUAAUAAUAAUAAUGAUAACAAUAAAUUGGGUAAUCUUUUGGAAAAUGAUAUACCAGAAGAAUAUAAAGUUAAACAAAACCAAAAACCAAAGAAGGUUUACACCCCAGAAGAAAAAAUAAAAAAAUUAAAAGAAAAACAAGAAUCAGAGUAUGUCAAUUUAAUUUCUAGAGAAAAUAAUGAUGGUGAUGAAUCAAAUAGGUAUGGUUAUUAA